AUGAACCCCCCGGGCCAGGCGCCGCUCGUCGAGCUCGCCCGGAAGUGCCAGAGGGAGCUGGACGUCCUCGCCGCGAGGUACGCCGACCGCGCGCCGCACGCCUUCCAUGUCCACCGGGUGCAAUUCGCGGCCUGGCUAGAGCACUGGUACGUGUUCGAGGCCGACCGCGUGGACAUGGCGCUGGAUUACCGGGUGCGCAACAAGCUCGAGGUGCGGGGUGUGCUGUUCACCCGGCUGGAGUCGAUGAUGCUGGGGAUUCGGUCUUAUCGGCGGAAGUUGAGAAAGGAGUUGAAGGUUGUUGGGGCUGUUGAAGCUCUGGAGGCUGCUGUCGCUGCUAUGGGAGCAGAUGAGGACGAAAGAAAGGGUGAGGUUGAGCAAGACGGUGAGUCCAGCCAGGAAGAGUCUGAAAGUGAGUCGGACGAGGAGGAAGAUAUCGACGCCGAGUUCGCCGAAGCGCCGCGGCACCGUCAAUCGGAGGACCCGUUCACCAACGCUCUGCGGCUCUGCCGCUACGAGCUCUGGCAUCUCAUCCGCAAUCUGGACUGGGCCACGGAUCUCCUCGCCCAUUCCAGCAUGUAUGCGCCGAGCGUCCUGCUGCAGGACCACCCAGACUACAGCGUCCGCGACGAAUGGGAUCGGAACGUCAACGAGGAGUUCCAGAUGGUGGUCCGCAGUGCGCUUCGACACCGCUGCGAUGUCUAUAACAAGGUGCUCAACGCCCGACUGGGGACCAUGGUUGUCACUCGUCACAGGGCCCUCACCUAUCACUCUCGCUUCCAGGCUGACUCGCCCAUGCACGUCCUCCGCCAGAACAUGAAUCCCGCCACGUUCGUGAUGGCCAUGCGAGACGCACCGCACGAAGAGCACCCCCCUCGUCCCAUUCUAGCCCCGGGCCAGGAGGAGUUCGAGUGUCCGUACUGCCGCUUCACGCUGCCAGCCGCUCGAUACGUCUCGCACGAUGCAUGGAGACAACGCGUCCUCACCGACCUCGAGCCCUACAUGUGCAUCUUCGACACCUGCACCGCAGAGAUCAACACCUUCCGCACGCCGCAGCAAUGGCUCUACCACAUGGAAACCAGCCACUCCUCCUCAACCUGGACCUGCCGCGUGCCCCGCUGCCGCGGCCGCACCUUCUACCGCCAGGUUGCCUUCGAGCAAGACGGCAUCAACGCGCACGGCUACACCUCCGCGGACCUCCAAACCAUCAGCCACGAGUCCCGCCGCCCCCACCCAGCCAUCUUCCGGCGCUGCCCGUUCUGCGGCCCGCGGCCCGGCGAAGACCCCCCGCGCAACGACGACGCCUACCCCGGCAACGUCGCCGCCUCUCACGCCGCGCACCGGCUGUACAACCACGUCGCCCGCCACCUGGAGGAGUUCGCCCUCCUGGCCAUCCCGUACACCCCGCGGGAGCCCGUCGUCCCACCCUUGGAGGAGGAUCGUGGAGACAGCGGAUACAGCCGCCACAUCCUGCCCAUCCCGCGGGUGGCGGACCACGGGAACUGGGAGUGGACCUUCGCGGAGAACCUGCCCGCCUACAAGUACCGCCGCGACGUGUUUCCGGGCUCCUCGCGGUCGUCGGUGUCGGCGGCGUCGACGCCGUAUUAUCGGCCGGCGACGCCGGUGGACGGGCCGGAUGUUUCGGAUCUGGUGGAUGUGGUGGGGAGUGAGGGUGCGGAUGUGUCGAUCUAUGAGGAGGCGGGGCUGUUUGAGGGGGACGAGGAUGGGGUGUUGGAGGGGUUCGAUGAGUUUGUGGCUGGGGUGGUGGAGUCGUUUGGGUUGACUCGAGGAGACGGAGAGAGUUGA